UUUUCGCUGGUUGGUUGUAGGACUGUAGUACAGUGUCUUCAAUCACAACACCGCAGAAGUCAUCAAAUAUGAAAUCGACACAGUAACGGAGGUUCAUGAUCAGACGGUUUGAGGCACAGAGCGUAACAAUGAAGGCUGUACCUUUCACGGAGGGUCCGUGAACACACCGUUCAUCAUUCUCAUGACCUAGAAGGAUCAUAGCACAAAAAUGGCGCCAGCACCAUCUAUGCCACACACACGCGCGUCACACUCCCGGUGUCCUGUGACUGCUACAAUAGUUUUCUUUUUUUGACAGUGACGUCACACUAGCCAUCCCAAGCACGGACAAACAUGGUCAUAUGACCCAAAAUGAGCUUCUUUUGCGAACCACAAGUUCUUCCCGAGCUGCUGCUGCUGCGGUGCAUUGUGGGUCACAGCGCAUGUCCCGCCAGCGGUCAGCAAGCGUGGCUGCUAGGAAGCGGCGCACGCGCAAGACGCGAGCGCCGAGCUCACGUGGUGUUUGGCGGCUUUGUAAAGGUGACUUUUGGCGGUGGCACGGUGCCUGAAACAGCGGAACCUGAUUGUGACGUCAUCCCGGAACGCCUCGCUUCACGUUCUGCGUGUUUAAUGUUUUUGUAAGUCUUUAUCCUGGUAAAGGCACCAAAGUACGCACCCAUGCAGUCGUACUUUUAUCACCAUGUACCUUUUUUAAAGACGUGAUGCAUUCAGGUGUCAUUUUACAAUCACUACAAGCUAUGACCUGCUGGUGGACUCGGGAUUCCUAACUGUGAAGAGCUGUGAUGUUGCUGAGGAGCAGCUGGGACAUAACACAUUAAAGCAGAUGAAGAGUGUGGAUUUAUGGAGUCGUCUUUAUGGAGAUUUUGACAUGUUGGUCCCACCUGGCCGAGGAGGCCCACCUCGCCUGCGGCGGCGGUGGCGGCAGUGGGACAGGCACGUGCUUGUCUUGGCACGGAGGCGGACGUUUAAAUAGCAGCACGGCCAAGACCCUCGUCUUCACUGGCGCUCGUGUGGACGUGGAGGACAUCACGCCGUCAUGAACCUUCCCGGGAUGCUCGCCUUUGCAGUCAUGGCAACACUUUGCUUCGUCUCUCACACGACGGAGGGCGUGGUCGUCUACGCGUGUCACAACGACACGGCGGUGAUGUCAUGUGAGGUGGGCAGCAAGAUGAAGCUGCAUCACAUCCUGUACAAGGUGGGCGUGGGUACGCGCUGCGGCGAGGGCAAGCAGCACCCGGACGACGGACCCAAUAACUACUGCUCUUUCCCGUGGGCUGAGAUGGUGGUGGAGGACCUCUGCGGGAACCGGCGGACUUGCGAGGUUCCCGUCACCGAGGUAGUGUUUGGAGAGUACCCCUGCAAGGAGACCACCCGCUACCUGGAGGUGUCCUACACCUGUGUCCUACCGGCCCCGCCGGCCAUCCCGCCGGCGCCGGCCAAAGCUGACUGUGAAAGCAAAGAGGAGAAGAGCGUGUGAACCUUUCAUACACGGAUGCCUCACUUCCUGUUGCUGAAAUAAAAAAUAAAACAUCAUAUUCCUUCCUCGUAUUAUUUUCCUUUGUAAUACAUUUUAAAAGAAAGUACCACGUGACUCUACCACCUAUGUCACAUGUAUGUUAUUUGAACGCAAUGUUAGAUUUGACAAACCAGGAAAUAUUCAGCAUUUUAUUGCAGAAGUUCAUGAUCGGGUUCUGCUUUCUCUUUUGACGGAGGCUCCUUGAACGCACCAUCCGUCAUGGCGCCCAUGUCUCACAUAAACGCAGACG